UUUAUUAUCCAUUUAUUUGUUAACCACCUCAUUAACUAAAAGCAUAAUAAAACACUUGUAAUUAUUUGACAAAUUAAAAGCUAUUACCUUCACCUUUGAUGGUCAAAGUUGAAGUUCCUUACAUGUAGAAAAACAAAUAGGAAAUUAUCUAUAUUUUAUUCUGUUCGCAUUUUAAACGACCUCCAGGAAUCGCAAUGUUAUACACAUAAAUCGUUUCAAUUUUUUUCUUCUGCCUAGUGUGUGAUAGUGCCAGCUCGUGAGCAUCUCAGGAGGGGCGCUUAUGUCUAGCAUCUUUUGAAGCAUCCAUAAAGGUUACAUGUGGGUGGGUUAACGAUGCGAUCCGAGAUAGGUUUAGUCACGUUCCUGGUAUUUACUUCUCACGUGCAAGCCUCUGCACAAGCAAUAAAAGAAGAGAGAAGUGUCUUGGAGGAUUUCCUUCCCCUUUUUAGAGUAUUCAAAAAAGCUUCAAGCGAUGCAAUGCGAAGAAUUGUAGAACAUCCACAAAAUCGAAGAUUGCUUAAACGAAAAAAUAAAAGUCUAGUACUUUCUAAUGAUAUGACGUUUCCAUGUGAUUUAAACACAGUCAGUCGAAGUCCAGAAGUUCCCAAAACUGCCCAUGAAGUACGUCCCGGUGAUAUAGACGUAAUAGGUGCCCUUGGUGACAGUUUAUCAGCAGGAUUCGGUGCGUCGGCAAACACUUUACCUGAAGUACUCUCGGAGGAUAGAGGAAGGUCAUUCUCAAUUGGUGGACAAGAAACUUGGAGAACAUCGCUUACAUUACCUAAUAUAUUAAAAAUGUUCAAUCCAAACCUCAUUGGAUAUUCUUUAAGAACAUCAAUAACCCUAGACGAAGAAUCUCAAUUUAAUGUAGCUGAAGGAGGUGCCAUUUCAGAAAAUAUGCCAUACAUGACUAAAGAGCUAGUGAAAAGGAUAAAAUCGGAUCCUAGAGUAAAUUUAGAAAGGGAUUGGAAAAUGAUAACCCUUAUGAUAGGCGAUAAUGACUUUUGUCUGGAAAUGUGCUAUUACAAAAACUCAGAAGUUUUCCUUGCUAAGCACAAACGGGAUUUGUUAUAUGUGCUGAGAAUUUUGAAAAAUAAUUUACCUAGGACCAUAGUAAAUAUUAUCCCUCCAAUUCAUUUACGAAUACUAACUCAAAUGAGUAAUAAACCGCCUAUAUGUAAUAUAACUCAUCUUGUUGAAUGUCCUUGUAUAAUAGGACAGUACACAGAUAGGAGGAAAUUAUUUUUUGACUUAAUGAGAAGGUGGCAGGAAUUAGAUAUAGAAGUGUCUAAUUAUCCUGAGUUUGAUCUAGACGAUUUUACUGUAAUACCUCACUAUUACACAUUAGAACAAAUGUUACCUUCGACAUCACAAGGAAAGACAGAUUAUACUUUCUUUUCACCGGACUGUUUCCAUUUCAGUGAAAAAGGACAAUCGUUAUUUGCAAAUAAUUUAUGGAACUCAAUUAUGGAACCUUUUGGAUUCAAAACUAGAAAUGGAUCUCCUACGUUUUCAAAACUAAAGUGUCCCACAGUAGAUCAUCCCUUUAUAUUUACCAGAAGAAAUAGUGGGUAGCAAGUUUUCAAACUGCGACUUAUCAGGGCAAUUUUUCAGUGGGUAUAAUUUAUUGUACAUAUGUAAUUUUACAACCUAAAAUAUAUGU